AUAAAUACAGGUAAAAUGUAAAUACCCGAGCCACACGUUGUUUCGCGUCUCUAAUCUUUACUUCAACAAAUCCCUUUUUCUCAUAUACGUUAGGUAUGAUAUUCUAUACCAUGUGUAUUGUCACGGGAACUUUUAUCUGCCGUACAUGAAAGUUGAAUGUGAAUGGAAAUUGGAUACUAAAAGGACAUUUAUAAUAAACAUUUUGAUUAAGGAGAUACCCGCCUGUGUGUGUAUGAUAAGGAUAGGUCUGUGUGAAUUAUAAAACAGUAUAUCUUGUGAGAGAAAUCCGUCAUUAUAACAGUUGUGAAAUCAUUCAAGCGUACACUGGACUAUGAUUGACAACAAGCGCCGUUCAUAACACGGACUCGCGCCGAUGGUUUUACUGUGAAAAAGGGGCAGUCGCAUUCGCUACGGUGUGGAGCGGAAGGCGGUACAUAGUGUGUAUACUUACUAUGUAGCCUGGUAUAGCCUAGCUAUCCACGGGACGAGCACACACUGAUAUACAUACGCUCUACACUUUAUACUUUAUGGUAGAACAUCUGGAGAGACGUUUUUUUUACCCCACCAGCUAACAUCAGCAUCGAGGAUGUGUCAUUGUUAGCAUCAUAGUCCGCUUAUCAGUAGUGAUUGGACGAGAGUUCGGAAUAUUAACAUCUGUCACGUGCUUGACAAUGAUACAGAGCCUUGGUUAUACAUGAAACUGAUGCUGAAAGUUAAACUUAAUAAUUUAUAAAAAGGGGGAAAAUAAUACACGCUUCAAUAUAAAGUAUAUUGACCUGCGGGAUUUAGUGUUAUUGUUGUGGAGUAGAAUUGAAAUACAGUUACUAUGUCCACAAUCCAAAAAUGUGUCGCCACGUGCGUGUUGGCUUCUGUUUUGUGUGUGCUUUUCGUGGAUGGAUAUAACACCUACCCUCGGAGGACUGGUUUAGCCAGUAUCUGGGGGACAUGUCCCACCCAAUGUCGCUGUAUGGCGCUUAACAGCAGAGGAACACGGGGAGUUAUUGAAGACUGGAGUUCCGCUCGUCUUGAUGGUCGCACCCUCGGGGACGAGCCAAACCCCCUGGGCCGAAGUAUGGUGUGCCAGGGUUUAAGGCGGCUACCUAAACCUAUCCCCCACGAUGUGACCAAAAUGACCAUAUAUGGUGACAGUAGUAGUCAAGUUGUACGUCCAGCUGUUCCGGCCAGGGAUGGAGUCCAGAACGAUCGAAUCCCUCACAUCGCUGACACACAGAUUCGAUAUAUAACGCGUGAUUCCUUCCGCGGAAACGCACGCAUGCAGGAUAUGACGCUCAGUGGAAACAACAUUGGAAUAUUGUACCCCAACAUAUUUUCGUCGUUGAUGACGCUGCGCGUGCUGUCAUUGCCUAAUAACAAUAUCCGUCACCUCUCUGCAGCUGCUUUUAGCGGGAUGACGCAUCUGUCGGAGCUAAGCAUGUCUGAUAACAUGAUUAGGUACCUCCCUCAAGCUAUAUUUCGUCCUCUCGGCAACCUCAGAAAACUUCGCCUCAACGGCAACAAACUUCGGCGUCUACCACGUGACAUAUUGAGUCCCCUUACGAAUGUCGCUGUUUUGGAUUUAUCCAGAAAUAAUUUCACAGAUUUUUACGAUGAAGUCUUCGACGCUAACACAGCUAUCGAAGUUCUUCUUCUAAACGGUAAUCGGAUCUGGACUGUUCGCGCGCGCUGGUUCGAAAAGCUCGUUGUGUUAAGAAGUCUUUCAUUGCGAGGGAACGCUAUCACGCGCAUUGAUGCUGACUCUUUCGUUAACCUUUUCAAUCUUGAAGAACUUUUAUUGUCUGCUAAUCACAUUACUGAAAUCGAAGAUGGCGCAUUCAGAAACCUUCGAGAUCUGAGAAUUCUCGAUCUGGCAACAAAUGACAUUGAACAUAUCACGAAAGAAGGCCUAAUCGAUCUAGAAUCACUCGAAGAACUGUAUUUAUCAUCCAAUGAUAUUGUAGAGAUAGACAACGGCACUUUCAUGUUCCUUAGAAGAUUAACAAGACUUGAUUUAUCGCGAAACCAUAUUACAGAAAUAAGCACAGGCGUUCUUCGUUCGCUAGCACUUCUGCAAUAUCUGGACUUGUCACACAACAAAAUAAUGUCACUUCCUCCAAGAGUUCUUUAUGGACUGUCAGAACUCAAAGAAAUAUCCUUCGACAACAACUUCAUCAAAACAAUUGGUAUGGAUGCCUUCAAAACAGCGCCUUCCACGUCGCAUUCAAAGAUUACAGCUGUGAGCUUACAAAACAACGCCAUUAAAGAAAUAUCGGCGGAAGCAUUGAGGUCGAUUCCACAAUUGAAAUCUUUGAAUCUAGGCCACAACAAAAUAAAGCGUAUUCACAGCAUGGGUCUGUCAAACUUCUGGAACCUGCGUUCGUUAGAUCUCAGUAAUAACAGGAUUAGAAAUCUCAACAAUGGUGUGUUCAAAAACUUGCAGAAAGUUACGGACUUGAAUCUGUCUCAAAAUAAAUUAAGACGUGUGUCUGAUUCGAUGUUAUCGGGAAUGGGUGAACUGGAAGAACUCGACUUAUCAUCAAACAGUAUAAUGUCAAUAUCUCCACUUGCAUUCCGCUAUAUGCAGAAUUUAGUCGAAUUGACAUUGAAAGAUAAUCGCUUGAUGGGCUUUAAUUUCUCCUAUGUAACAAACCUACCAAAGCUGUCAAUCCUCGAUUUGAGCAGUAACCACCUGUUUUGGGUAGAUAUGUCGGGAAACAUUCAGCUCCGACUCCGCGACCUCAUCCUGACCGACAAUAAGAUCAACACUGUCACACAAGAUGUCACAAAGAUCUUGGCUUCGUCCUCCAUCUUGAGCUUGACCGGAAAUCCGCUUGUGUGUGACUGUAGUAUGAAGUGGAUCGUGGAUCCAGUACUUACCAGGAAGAUUAGACUCGAUAUGGAGAACGAACUCAUCUGUAAACUACCAAACCGGCUUCAUGGACUCAGGGUUCGAGAACUUGACCCAACUGACCUGACAUGUGAUGUCACGGAUACCCAGGGUGACCACGGGUCAUUCAUGUGUGACGACAGCCACUUCCGGAUGAGGUCUCUACUUAACAACAGGUUGGGAGAGAAGUCUAUUCUGAAACGUCACGUGACUCUAAUGGGAAGUUUACGCAAUGACGUGUUGGGGAACGGAGUUCUCAUUGAUGAAAACUGGGCCCUGGUAUCCGGUGACGUCGUGGCAGACGACGCCCAAAUUUCAACUAUGACUGGGGUCAAGGUCAGAAUAGGCCGUAGCAAGUCGAUGCGUACCGUAUCACGUGCAAUACGCCAUCCUCUGACGUCAUGGAGACAGUACAACGUGGCCCUAUUGCGGUUAAACAGCAAACGGAAUACGAAAACAAGUAAAGAAUCACCAUGUCUUAUGACAGAGAAACAAUUUAACAUGAUCUCUCAAAUAUAUCCUAAAAUCACGUUAUCGACCAGAAUUGGUGCAGGACGAAGCAAACUUAAGCCACGCCAUGGAAAAAUACAAUCUAUCUGUAAAUAUCCGAGUUAUCUGUGCGUGAAAAUGAAGGGCUCCAAGAAAAGAGCAAGCGAGUAUAUGUUAUUGUCUGGAUCACCUCUAUUCCUGGGGUAUUCUGGGGAUCUCAAUCUUGCUGGCAUCGGUUUUGGAAAUUGGGACUAUGUUUCAAAAUCAUCAGAAACUCUGUUCAUUCCGGUCUGGACUAUUUCUGAGUGGAUAAGUGACGUCAUACGCGAAUUCGACACUGUUUGCUCUAAGGAAAUGAGUAUUGGAAGGCCAAACCAAUGUCUGAAGUCUUUGCAGCUCCCGACGUCUACUGCCCUACUGGCAAAAAUACGCCAACCAGAAAGCCAUUAGCAUAGGACCUUUUUCUUUAUAAAUGCCAUCAUUUACAUUCGUCUUCUCAGCAACGUUUCACGUUCAUCUCUACAUUCUUAGUUCCGAAUCGGAACGAUCGCUAACUUAGAGCAGGUGUUUCACAGUUACAAGUGUUUGGAAAGAAAGCACUGCCCUUUUAAACAAUAAAUAUCUAUGUUUGUUUUUUACCGUUACGUAUUAUCUGCAGCCUUUUUUUAUUUUCCCAAUGCACGUGUAAGGAUGAUAAACCGGAAGGCCUAUAUUCUAUGGUUGUCUGAUAAUUCAAAUACUCAUGUCUCGUUGAUCAAUUUUAUACAUUUAGAAUGCUUAUCAGCACAUUUUGGAACGAAUACUUUUUUUUUUGUAAAUUAUUGAGUGAAAACGGAACCAACAUACAUGAAGUAAAGCAUUGCCUCCUGAUCUAUUUCUAUGUUUCUGUCGACAUAAUCUAGAUUUCACUGUGUACAAAUGGUCAUCAAGGCGUUAACUUGAAGGACACAUUAUGUUAAAAUUAACUUUUUAACAAUUUAACGUUAAAAACUCAUUUCGGCUCAUGCUUUGUGUGAAUCGAAUAAGCAUUUUACUUGAACAUGUUUUAAUGUUGAAACUCAUGUCAUAUAUUUUUAUCUUCAUUGUUUUCAUCGUCAUCGAUAUUUCCAUGGUAUCAUGUUUUUAUAGACGGAGGAUGUGUCUCAGAAUAUAGUGCUAUGGACAGUGUAAAGCCCAGUACAUCGUGUGUUUUUUGUUACAUGUUAUCCUAUAAACGGCGAUGCUUUGUGUUUAUUUCUUUCUCCGUUACGUAAUGUAUAUGCAUUUUGUUUUCAUUCGCUCUCUCUUUAUCACGUACAUGUACAUCUGAAAUGUAUUGUGUUAAGUUGCGUGUGCGAUGAGGUCUUCGAAUUCAUUAACUGGUUAUAUUUACGAUUUCCGUACCUUCCAAAACUAUUUUUUGUUGUUUGGUUAUCAUUAAUAUAUUGUUGUACUAUCGAGAAGAAGAAUGCUGAAAUUCGUAGAUGGAACAUAGAACUAAAUAUUACACAUCCGAAAAGAUUACCUGUUUUGGAAUAUUUUACAGAAUCGGACAAAUUGUUGAUAAAUACAUUACAAUGUAGUUAUAUUGGUUAUGUUGGUUAUAUUGUAAACACGUUUUAAUCAAGAUUAACUAAUUCAAAAUAUGUACUGUUUCAUUAGAGUGAGUAGAGGCGGGCGAGCACACACUUUAUCACGGUAUUGACUGGUGCUGUGUUCAUUGCUAAAUGUUAUGAAUACAUCAACCGUUAUCACGUGGUCACUACGUAUCAUUGUUGAGAUUUGUUUAUAUAUAUUUCGUUGUGAUGUUAGUUUCCGAGGCCAUCAGCUGUUGUAGGUCUAAUUCGAAUUGUUUUUCAAUUUUUCUUUUCGUGUAAAAUGCUAUUUAAACUUGAAGUACUUUAUUUUAAAUGUGAUCAAAUCGUAUGCGUUCUAUUUAUUAUUUUUCCUCGUGAUAGUUUUUUCUUCUAUUUAUAUGUGGGGAUAGAGUGCAUCGAGGGAAGGUGAUUUAACGGUGUAAUUAUUUCAUAAAUUUCAUUAUUUGUACCAAAACAUCCCUUAUUUCUCCUCAACUAUAUCUACCAAUCCCACUCACCUCAAUUUUUUUUUCCAAGAGAAUUGCCAUUGGUGUGAAAUUCUGUUUUGUUAAUAGCGCUUCAAUUUGUGAUAGAAAAUGUGCCGUGUUAAAUGUUUUAGUUGUAUCUGACCAUAGUGUGAUCUAGCAGGAUAAGGGAACUCUUUUGAUACGCUAUUUAGCACAAACUUCGUGUUAUCACGACGUCCGUCUAAAGCUGUUAAUCACGGACUUCGGAUUAUCACGAAGUCCGUUUAUAGCUGUUUAUCGCGGACUUCAGGUUAUCACGAAGUCUGUUUAUAGCUGUUUGUCACGGACUUCAGGUUAUCACGAAGUCCGUUUAUAGCUGUUUAUAACGGACUUCGGGUUAUCACGAUGUCGUUUAUAUGUAAUCUGGCCAGUGUACAUUGCUUAAUACAGAAGUAUAGACUGUAUAUAUUGUCAAUCAAAAUGCCUGUUGUCUAUUUCGGAUAACUUGUUAUUCAACUCUGUUAUUUAUAAUAUCAUGUUAUAUCGUUGUAAAUAUCAUUUCUGUACCAUAAUACACGUGCCGUAUUCCUUCUUGAUCAGCUGAUCAUGUCUUCUUACGUUCAAAAAGCAAUAGGUUUCUUACUAUGUUGUACUUUUUUUAAAACAUGUUUGUUGUAAAUUAUUUUGACUUUUUUAGUAAAAAAUAUCAUACAUAGA